ACUCCAAAAUAUUUUUUUCUUCAUCAUUCUGAAUCUCAUGAAAACAAGUAGUGCAGUGUAACAGCAUCACCAUCAAAUCUCAUAAAAAGCUUCAGUCCUGCAGUGCAUUGAUUUCACCAGUAGGUAGCGACAAUGCAACAUGACAGGAUUGAUAAUGGUCCUCAGAGGAAUCCUGUGUCUCAAAAAAGGAUUUAAAAUUAAUAAAGUUAUAAAGAAGACAUGCUAGUAUCGUACCUUGCAUUUGUGUUUCGUUGCGGGUUGUGUUUGUAGAUCUAUUCGGUCACAAAAACCUGAUUCUGCUAGCUGCCCUGCUCUGUUAUCGACUUGUGAGGCUGUUUGUAGUUUUUUUACGUCGCCUGCCAAGUUUCGCUUUUGAACGAAGGCGUCGAGGAAAUCCCGGAACUACAAAUAAAGUGCCCUGGCGUUACUUGGCUUGUGUGCCACCUUUUAGCUGUUUUGCUGUGACGACUCGCACCAGGGAUGGCCACCGCGCCACAGUCUUCCUUUCGUAUGAAACCGGCUGAUCUCAUUAAAAGGGAGGCCAUGGACUACGGAGGGUUUGGAGAAGUCUACCUGUGUUACCAUGUAACUCUCGGCCAGGUGGUGCUGAAGACCAUGUAUACAGGCCCUAUUCGCAACGAGGAUAAUAAAAGGUCACUGCUGGAGGAGGGGAACAUCAUGGCAAGCCUGAACCAUGAACGGGUGGUCAAGUUACUGGGUGUGAUCAUGGAAGACAGAGACUGCUCGCUAGUUAUGGAGCUCAUGCCCAGAGGCAACCUGUCGGUCAUGCUAGAGACGGUCUCCGUGCCAAUAUCCAUCAAGGGUAGAAUCAUCUUAGAGAUUUUAGAGGGGAUGGUGUACCUCACAGAGAGAAAAGUCGUACAUAAGGAUAUCAAGCCGCAAAACAUAUUAGUGGACAAGGAUUUUCACAUUAAGAUUGCAGAUCUUGGCCUGGCAACCUGCCAGACAUGGAGCAGACUCACAAAGGAGGAGUCUCGCAGGAGGAGUCGUACGGGGCGAUCAGCAGGGGUAAGAGGUGCCGGCACGCUGAGCUACAUGGCCCCCGAGCACCUGGAGUGCAUCCAUACAGUCUCUACUGAGAAGUCUGACAUCUACAGCUUCGCUAUUGUGGUCUGGGUCAUCCUCACAGGAGAAGAGCCUUACGCCAAUGCAAGGAGUGAAGAUCAACUCAGUCAGUGUGUCCGAAAAGGGGACCGACCUGCAGAGAACCUUAUUCCAGAUGACACGCCCGUAGAGAUCAUUCAGCUCAUGAAGAGGUGCUGGGACCACAAUCCGAUACAACGGCCAACAUUUAACGAGGGCCACAGCUUCUUCCUGCCUUUCUACAAGGAGACGCUUGAACCACAUGUGGAGGAAGAUUUACUUGAGCUGAGGAAACUAUAUGAAGGCCCAGAGGAACUUGUUGAGAAGAUGAAAUCCUUAUCAAUGAGCCAGGAAUAUCUUUCAGCUGAUUGCCCAGCUCCUCUGGUGAGUUCAGACAGAAGUGAGCCAGUUGAAGCCAGUAUUGAGGACCUGCAUGUCAUCGAGUGUGAGCCACCUGAGGAGUCCGUUCAGACAGAUGCGCGGGCAGUCAGCAGCCCCCCAGCUCUGGAGGAGAAACUGGGUCGAGAGUAUCAGUACCACAAAUAUGGCAGCUAUAACUGUGAGAACCAGCCUGACGCUGCCAACGGUUACCAUCGCAACAACUCAAAUCCUUUCCUGCAAAACCACAAUUCAGAUCUCGCUAUCAGGCAGCCAGAACAGGACAGACCCUCUUAUGGGUCCUCUGUCCAUUCCUGGACAAAAGCUGAGCCGGUGCAGCCAACCAGCCAGGACGAGACUUGGUAUCGCCCCAAUGCUGGUCUCUAUGACUCCAUGAACACCUCCGUAACUUCUCAAUCCCACCUGCCGAUGUCCGCCAGCAGCCCUUCUCUGUCACAGUUCAACCAGCAACAUCCACAUUCCCACUAUGACCGCCAGCAGUCCUGGCCAGCUUACCAGGACACAUCUGCUCCUGACGUCAGUCAGUCUGGGCGUCUCCUGGCCCCUUCAAAGAGCUGCUCAGCACAAGAUCCAGGAUCUCUUUACAUUCAGAAUGCCAGCGGGAUCCAGAUCGGAAGCAACAACAUGAUGAGUAUCAGAGGUUACGACUCCUUCAGUAGUUCACUAUUACCCUCUAACGCCUCAGCUAACUCUCCCAUCAAAGAAGGCAUUCAGAAAUAUGAGGACCACGCUGUGACCGAGGAGCACCUGGAUCUGCUGAGAGACAACAUCGGAGCCAAAUGGAAGCGUUGUGCGCGGCGACUGGGUCUGACCAGUGUGGAAAUAGAGACCAUUGAGCACGACUUUUACCGCGACGGCCUGCCGGAGAUGGUGCACCAGAUGCUGGAUCGCUGGAAAAUGAAGGAGGGAAGUAUCGGCUGCACAGUUGGGAAGCUUUGCCAUGCUCUGGAAGGCAACAUUAAGGUAGAUGUCAUCCAGAAAAUACUGGAAGCCUGCGGUUCUUCCUCAUAGAUCCCAUAAAUCUUUCUACCUCAUUCCCUUUGACUUUAGGCCUGGGAUGGACACAUUUUCUGAACUCUUUUUGCAGCAUUUGAGGGCUCCUUUUCAACCAAAAGUAUAUUCAUUUUUUGUCUUAUGUGCCUUCUCUGCUGCCCCCAAAUACAAGUGAAUGUAGAGCGCUGUUUCAAUGUGUGAAGUGUUGAAAAUGACAGUAAAACUCAACAGCUCAAACCAAAUGCAUCUUUGAGAACAGCUGUCUCUUUGUUAGAUAAUGGCCACAGAGCUCGCUGUCAACCGUAUUCAUAGGCUGUUGCAUGCUGUUUCUUAAUGAACACUGUCUAGUGUUUACUCAUUUUGAUAAAAUUGUCACUGGACUUUUAUUGUAACGGAUAGAUUGUCUAUAAAGCACUUAGUGCCUUUUCAAAGGAUUUUCUACCAAACGUUUCUUUAUGAGCACAAACGUGGUCAAUGUUCAGGUUUUUCUAAUCAUGAAAUUUAAAAAUCAUGCUUAUACUUCUGUGUAUGUUUUUGAGAAAUCGUGUUAUGGAAAAGCCGUUAAUUUUGUGCAUGGUAACUGUAGCUUUAACUCAAAUAAUGAAAUAAUUUCCCGGGACAAUCGGAUGCCGUGUGGUACACAUUUAUUUCAGCCCAACACAAACAUAAAGACUCCAAUCACAGAACAGAUAAAGUCAAUGAGUGUGUUAUAAAGCUGAAAACAUAUGCAGCCAUGGGGGUUAAUGCUAAUUGUACGGAAGGACAGAGACCUCAGUAUUCCACUUAUACAUGUGUAUUAUUGUUGUCAGUUAAUGAGUUGAAACAGAAUCAAUGCUUCAAUUUACCCAAAUUAAUGCAAAGGAGUAUGAAUUACUAAUGAGCUUCUUGUUUGUGUUAAAUGUGAGGGUUUACUGUCGUCAUAUCACAUUGUGGUUAAUCUUAACCAUUUAAGUUUGUAAGAUGCUUUUGUAAUCGCCACCUAAAUAUAUUAUAUGGAGAUGUGUUGAUGUCUGGUUCAUUACAAAGGUCAUUGUAACUUUGUGUUCUGUGGUGUAGUUUUCAUUACACAAUAGUAAACUGACAUGCUGACGCAAAAAAAAACACUUUAUCAGCCUUUUCUUCUUCCUCAUCACUUCCACAAGCCUAACCAAAAUCCAAAGCUACUUUGAAAUUCU